AUUAUAAUGAGCACAGUGACAAAUGAAUCAAAAAAGAAGGAAGCUAUUGAUAAGGCACUUAUAUAGUAGCAAAGAGAACAAUUAAAAUAGACAGUUUUAGAAAGAUUUAUAAAAGAUUUCGGUAAGAACAACAAGAGCAAAAUAUAAGUAACUUACAAUUUAGAGAAUAGAUAAUAACUCAAAUAGUGAACGAUUAUUUUACAAAAACUAGAGUCACUGAUGUAACUUUGAAAACUCUAAAAUAAUAAGUUUAAUAGGCAAUUCAAAAUGUAGGAUCCACAACAUAAUCAUAGGCUGAAAAAUCAAUAUAGGAAUCAUAAGGUAUUAAUUAGAAGUGAAUAAUUUAAGUCACUUAAUAAUAGUAAGUACAAGCUGUUCCAUAAUAGAAACCCGCAAGCAGUUAAUCUAGAAAAUCAAAUUAAUAGCAUUAAUAACAAUAAUUACAAUAAUAAUCAUCUUAAUAUAACUAAGAUGCACAUUCAGAAAUAUCAUCAAAAGUAUCUAUUUAUAAUUAUUGUGUAAUAAGGCUCCAAAAUCAGUAUAUAUGAUGGAAGGUGAUGAAGAUGAUGAAUGGGCUACGUUAGUUAAGUUUGAUACUGAAUUAUAUAAAAAAGAAAAGGAACUAGAAAAUGUGAGAAAGUAAGAAUUUAAAAAGAAGAUAAAAUCAGAAUUAGAUAGAUAAGUAAAUGAAAAAUAAAAUAAAAAAUGUGAAGAAGUUUAAGAUGAAGAUGCAUAUGUUAAAUUACAUCAUUAUCAAUUAAAUGUAUAUGAUUAAAGAGAAAAAGAAAAAUAAGACAACCUUAAAAGUAAAAUAUAUAAUGAAAAAUUAUAAAGAGAUAAAUAAGUUAGAGAUGAAUAACAAAGAAAGUAUAAAAAUAUGAAAUAUAUUAUAUAGAAAAUUAGAAUAAAGAAAAGAGAAAGAGCUCGAUAGUUUACUUGUUAAAAAGAUUAGAGAGGAAUUAGAAUUAGAGUAGAAAGAAUAAUUGAAUAGAAGAAAUAAAGAGAGAGAAAGAUUUUUAAGAAUGAUGAAAGAAAACGAAGAAUACAGAAAAAAAGCAUUAGAGGAUGCUAAAUUAGAAAAAGAAGCUGAAACUUAAAUGUAAUAACAAUACAUUAAUUUGUAAAAUUAAUUAGAAGAGUAAAGAGAUUUGGAAAGAAAAUAAAGAGAAGAAAAGAUGAAAAAAGUAAUGGGGAUGUUUGCUGAAGGUGUUGUAAGAGAUUAAAAAGAAUUGAUUAAAUAAGAAGAUGACAAAAUGUUAAGAAAUAUUUUGACUUAAAAUGAAAGAGAAAAAAUUGAAGAAGAGAAGAAAAAAAUGAAAUAGCUAGAUUAAAGAUAAUAAUUAAGAUAAUUUUUAAAUUCUUAAAUAGAGGAAAAGAAAAGAAAAUAAGAAGAGGAAGAAGAGUUAAAUAAGAGGUAAGCUGAAAUUUGGAAAUAAGAUUUAGAUAAUUAUAAUGAUCAUGAGAAAAAAAAAUUUGAAGUAUUUAUUUUAAAUUAAUUAAUUUUAAGUAUAUAAAAGAAGUAAAUUUAAGACAUGCAGAUAUAUUAAAAAGUUAGAUUGAAGAAAAACAAGGUAAAAUUAAAAAGAAAACUAAUAAAAUGAACACUGCUGAAUUAUUAUAAAAUAAAGAUAAACUUAAAGUUAUUGCAUAAGAAAUUCCAGAUCUUGGAGAAAAAGUAAAGAAAAUUGAGAUUUGAUUUAUCAAAAAUAAAUAUACG